CGGAUUUCUAAAGCCCGCCCAGCGCUUCCUGUCCUUUCCUUUUCGAAGCCGAAGCCAAGAUGGUGAGUUGUGUCUGUUGUAGCGGCGGACUUUCAAUCCGUCGCCAUCGGUCCUCUAAACGGGCUAAUGGUUGGGCUUCUUCUGGCAGGGGAGGCACAGGACACCCUGGCGCCUUGUAUUUGGGAAAGCGGAUGAAAUGGGGAACGGGUUUUGGGGCCCGGGCCUGGUGCAGGCCUCCGAUGUGUGUGCGGCUCGCCCGCUUUUGGUAGGGAAUUCACCGAAUCGUUCUUUCAACUUACGCAGCCCAAGGGGAAGAAGGCCAAGGGGAAGAAGGUGGCUCCGGCCCCUGCCGUGGUCAAGAAACAGGAGGCCAAAAAGGUUGUAAAUCCUCUCUUUGAGAAAAGGCCCAAGAACUUCGGCAUCGGUGAGUUGGAAAAAGGAAUUGGGGGUUGGAAUGAUGGGUCUCUGCAGCCCUGUUGAUCCGUCAAGGAGCCUAAACAGAAUAGGAAUAAAGUUGCUUUCACGGGAAGUGGGAAAUACACGCCUGUCUCUAAAAUACCUGUGUAUGGGGAAUACUGCUGGUUUUGUUGCAUUUUGACCAGUUACUAUCUAUUUGUCUAUUUAUAACAAGUAUUUAUGUGCUGCUGUACCCUAGAAAUAUAUUGCUGAGGUUAUGCAACAGCAUAAAACCAUACAGUAAAAUCAUUUUUGAAGAAAAAUUAAAAGCAAGUUUAAAGCAAAAUAAUUUAAAGCAAGCAUCAGUUGAUCAUUGAGGAGGGAUCUAAUCUUAAAUGUCUGUAUAGGCCUUAGGCAGUAGCAAUUUUUAAAUUGAUAUUUCAUUGGAAGAAUUUCAUUUUUUAAAAAAGUGAUUAGAAAAGGAAAACGUGAACGAGAAUUAAAAAGAAAAAAAUACUCAAUUAGGUUUCUGUACAUAUUAAGACUAAUGUAUAGCUUUAAUAUUCUGUUACAAAUAUGUUCAUCAGUAACCUAGUAUUUUCUGUAUAAACUCGUUCCAAAUAUAUUUAUCCAAAGAAAGUGCCUCUAUAAGUGGUUGUUCAUGUGUUGCUAAUAUUGCCAUGUUAUCAAGCUAUUGGUUAUGGAGAAUUAAAACUAUUCUUCCAGUUCAUCAGUCCCUUAGCCACCAUUAGGGCAUGCAGAAUCUAUUUUUGCUGUCCCAUUGUCACUUUCCAUACAAUAGGUACAGGGGGAUAUCGUUCAAAAGUAUAUGCCCGUCUGAUAAUCUGAAAUUCCUCAGUAACAAAUUUAUAUAAUCCAACACAAAAUUUAGAGUGAAACAUUGUAAAAGUAUGUGUAUCAAAAAGCAUUAUCCAUAUUAUAACUGUAGCAAAAGAUGUUACAAAUUGGUCUAAUUGAAAGAAAUUCUGAUGCACUGGUGAUAUGAAAGUGAAUUCUCCCUUGGUAGUAGGGAGCAUUAGUUUCCACAGAUCUAUUAAAUUUAAAUCUGUCAUAUAUUUCUUAAUUGCUUGUCACGCUAAAUAUGUUUUCUUUAUCAGUGUAUUUCUAUCUAAAUUAGGAUGUAUGUAGUAGCAAACUUUCUGGCAGGCAUUUAGAAGGGCCUGGUGUUUCCACUAUGUUUUGGAAGACCAAGCUUCUCUGGGCUGUGAGCAAAUGAUGCAAAAGAAUAUUUGCUAUCUGAGUGAUGCUGCUGACAAUCUUAUCCACCAAGAUCGCUGAUGCUCCUGCCACCUUUGCUUUGGGCUGAAAACCAGGAAUAAAAAAGGAUAACCAGUAAUUGCUAAGGAAGCAGUUAUUUUGAGUUGUUAUUCUGCCUUUCAGGGCAGGACAUUCAGCCCAAACGGGACCUGACUCGCUUUGUGAAAUGGCCUCGUUAUAUCCGACUUCAGCGCCAAAGAGCCAUCCUCUACAAAAGGCUGAAGGUGCCUCCAGCAGUUAACCAGUUCACUCAAGCAUUGGACCGUCAGACAGGUGAAGGCCGGCUCCUUUCCUUGGUUCUAAGGUGGGGUUGCAGAAGGAGGUGGGGUAGCUGCUGAGACUCCUUGAAUUGAAUGUGCACCCCAUGUUUUGGGAGCUUGCUGGAAAGAGACAAGUGUGAGAGAACUAGUUUUACACAGUGCUAUAGUAAGAAAGGGGUUUCCUUUGUGUGCAGAUGAUGCUAGCAAAAUAUUUGCUAUCUGAGCUUCCUUGAUGACUCCCAACCACCAAGAUCGCUGAUGCACAAAAGUCAUGUCCUUUAGGGAAGGGGGAUAAUGGGAACAUGGUGUUAGAGAGGCUUUCAUCUGAACGGUUCUAGUUGUCUUCCACAGCUACUCAGCUUCUGAAAUUGGCCCACAAAUACAGGCCUGAGACGAAGCAAGAGAAGAAGCAGAGGCUGUUGGCCCGUGCAGAGCAAAAGGCUGCAGGGAAAGGUGACGUCCCUACCAAGAGGCCUCCUGUGCUCAGAGCAGGUAACCUUCCUAUUUUAUAUUUGCACAUUUAAGCCUGGUUGAAUGAAAGCUUGGACAGCUGGCCAUAUUUAUUGUGUUAAUAUCCAAAAAGUUGAAGAUGGCAUAGAUGGUUCUCCCCCUCCUCAUUUUGGCCUUGCAAACAACCCUGUAGGGUAGGCUGGAUUGAAAUACAGUGACUGGCCCAAGGCUGCCCAGUGAGCUCCAUGCUUGCGUUGGGGUUUGAACCCUGGUUUCGCCCAGGUAACCCCUGCAUCACACUGGCUACCGCGAUGAUGUAUGAAUUUCUUCACCUGAACUGCAGACUGAAGAGCAAAACAUACGAGCUUUUUAACCCUGAGCGGUAGCAGGCCCUUCCUCUGCUAGUCCUUGACAUGGCUAGGAAAAGCUGGCAGCUUGGUGCUUUGUUAACACCACUUGAGCCACUGUGCUUUUCCACAGGCAGGGCGCUCUGGAUUUAUUUUUUUUACAUAGGAAAACAUAAACUUUUGUAGCACACUCUAGUAACUGGCUUUUUCUGCAGGUGUCAACACUGUUACAACUCUGGUGGAGAACAAGAAGGCGCAGCUGGUGGUGAUCGCACACGAUGUAGACCCCGUUGAGGUAAGGAGGUGCAAGAGUCGGCGUCUUGUGCCCAAAAGCUCAGAUUUAUGCUGCUAAAUGGUUUUUUAAAAAAUGAAUAGCAGCCAUUGCAUUCUUGUAGGCACGGGUGUUUUCUGCUGUUUCUUUCCUUAACUUCAACAAAAUGGUCACCCAUUCCUGCUCUAGAUAAUUCUUAAUGUUGCCAGGCCACUAUGGUGACUGUUGAAAUGUGCUUGGCUGUACAACUUACUUUGGAAAACAUCACUGGGUCCUGUUAACAAAUCUUCAAACUUGACUCUUUAUAGAGCAGGGUAUGGCUUUUGCAAUGAUGUUUGAAUUUCUUCACCUGACCCUUAUCUGUGAAGAGCAAAAUUACACGAGCUUUUUAACCCUGAGCAAUUGCCAGAGCCCUUGUUGUAAAGCAGGGAUGGGGAAAGCACUGGUGUUAGACUCCAGCUCCCAUCAUCCCUAACCACUGGGGCUGAUGGGAGUUAGGAGUCCAGUAAAGUCUGGAGAGCCACAGUUCCUCAUUCCUAUUGUAUAAAAAACCGAACCACCGCCAACUUUAAAGCAUUUCUUCUCCCCUCUCUGAUCCAGCUGGUAGUUUUCCUGCCUGCCUUGUGCAGAAAAAUGGGAGUGCCCUAUUGCAUCAUCAAAGGCAAGGCAAGGCUGGGUCGCCUUGUCCACCGAAAGACCUGUACCUGUGUUGCCUUCACUCAGGUUAAUCCGUAAGUAGCCCUGAAAACAUUUUUUGCCUAUUUUCUAACUCAAAUGAAGAAACCGAAGAGGCUGGUGUGGUUUGGGGCAGUUACACUUUUAACUGCAAGCUAAACAGCUGUUAAAGCUGCAGCCUUUCCUCCUUCCGCAUCUGGCCAUGGUAAAUUGAAUGUACACAACUGCUGAAGCUAAAUGAACUUUUAUGGGGCCUCUUAAGAGAACGUUGCCCUGAAAAGUGGCACUUAAAGCAGUAUUUCAAAUUGUAGUCUACUUGGAUAACUCAAACUCAAUUGCUGGCUUGUUGGAUCUGUCUUCUCCUUUGCAGCGAGGACAAGGGAGCUCUAGCUAAACUCGUGGAAGCUGUCAAGACCAACUACAAUGAGAGAUACGAUGAGGUAAGAUUGUGCCUAUAGGAUCUGUGGGUAUAUUGACUAAUUUGUCGGCUUUUGGAAAGUUCCCCCUUCCCUGGCAGUGGCAUGACCACUGUCCCGCUUGCUGAAAUCAGGGAUGGCUUGCUAGCAGCCUCCAAUAUGAAAAUUCAUUCCAGCCCUGUGUAGAGAAUUCCCUCAUAGUGUAGCAGAAAUAAUGUGAGUGAACAGCAGUAUCAUGUUGACGCACUGAGCUGGUAGCAUCUAAAAAUAUUUUGGGCAAGAUAACAGGAUUGAGAAUCUAUAAAUGCCCACAGGAGAAAAGAAAAGGACUUGAGCCACCAUUGGGUUACACAGCCUGUUACCAAUUUUCCAGGGUCUGUGUCUAUAGUACUACAAUGUUUGAAACUGUUACUACUUGUUAGAGCACAGCUGUAAUGUAGGAAGUGGAGUUGAUUUGAGUCUGUUCCAGUAGUAGUUUUUGCAUCUAAUUUGUAGCAGACACUCAGGUUAUUGCUGUGAAUGUUAAAUCCUCAAAUUGUACCAUUUAAUCUAAAUUUUAAUUGUAAGUUUUGUAAGUCAUUUUGACAUGUGUGCAAUCUUUUUUCCUUCCAGAUUCGUCGUCACUGGGGUGGCAAUCUUCUGGGGCCAAAGUCAGUGGCCCGCAUUGCUAAGCUUGAAAAAGCCAAGGCUAAAGAACUGGCCACUAAACUUGGAUAGAUGUAUCAGAUUUGCCUCAAGAAGUUAUUCCCAUAAAAAUAAAAUACUGCAAAAAAAAAAAAU